AUGCCGCCGUCUUCGCUCCGCUGGGACGAGUCCCAGAUGCCUCCGCAGCAUGGCCGCUUGGCCAUCGUCACCGGCGCGAACACCGGUUUAGGCUUUGCCACCUCGGUGGCGUUGGCUCGCGCUGGCGCCCACGUGAUCCUGGCCUGCCGCAACGAAGCGCGAGAGUACAUGCAGCUGGACGUGGGGGCGCUGCAGAGCGUGCGCGACUUCGUGUCGGCCUUCACGACGCGGUUCUCGGGACGUCGACUGGACAUUCUGGUGCUGAACGCCGGCGUCAAGGCCGUCGAGUACGGCGAGACGGUGGAUGGCUUCGAGCAGCAGUUCGGCGUGAACCACUUGGGCCACUUCGCCUUGACCGCAUUGCUGCUGCCAGCGAUGAAGCUCGACGUGCCUGGAGCGGACGAUCUCCCGCCGGCUCGGAUCGUGUCGAUCAGUAGCAUCUCGCACCACGGGAGCUCGCUCGACAUGCAACACUUGAGUGUGAAGCCGGAGAACUACGACGCGAUGAGCGCGUACCGAGCCUCCAAACUGGCCAACUUGCUCUUCGCCUAUGAGCUGCAUCGGCGACUGGAAAAGGCUGGCGUCUCACCGAAGCGCGUGCUGUCUGUGGCGUGUCACCCGGGUGUGACGGAGAGCAAUCUGCUGCCCAACCUCGCGAGCACCUACAACUCAGCCAUCAUUAAGGCCAUCAUCGGAUUCGUGCACUGGUUGCCGUGGGCUCAGACCAAUGCUCAAGGCGCGCUCAACGUGUUGUGUGUGGCCACGGACCCGAGUGUCGUCGGUGGCGAAUUUAUCGGGCCGCAUGGGCUGAGUGAGUUCUACGGAUGGCCACGCACUGUGGCAUCUAGCAAGCAGAGCAUGUCCCUAGAAGACGCUCGACAGCUCUGGGAACAAAGCGAAAAGCUUACUGGUAUUGCGUUCUCUGUCGAGGAUUAA